GUUAUCAAAACGUAUUAGCAAUUUGUGACUUCAACAUGAUUUUUACGUUCGUCGUGGCCGGCUGGGAAGGUGUAGCACAUGAUGCAAGAAUAUUAUCAGAGGCAUUAUCAGAUCCAGAUGCACCAUUCCCGUUUCCACCACAAGACAAGUAUUAUCUUUGUGAUGCCGCGUAUGCACACAUACGGGAAUUUAUGGCUCCAUAUCGUAAUGUGAGGUAUUGGCUAGGAGAUUUUCGCCGAAGACGUGCAUUGACUAAUAAAGAGAAAUUUAACCAUGCUCAUGUAAGACUUCGGAACGUAAUUGAGCGUGCUUUUGGUGUUUUGAAAGCAAGAUUCCCUAUUUUGAAGAGGAUGGCACCAUUUCCAUUGGUUACACAAAGGAACAUUACCAUUGCAUGUUUCGCGCUACAUAAUUUUAUAAGGAAAAAGGGUUUGAGCGAUGAAUUGUUUACAGAAUACGAUCAACCCAAUGUUUCGGUACAUAAUAGUCAAGUGCAAGUUGAUGCCGAUGAAGACGAGGUUGAAGCAUAUGGUACUGCAUCGGAUCGGGAAUAUAUGACUCAGUUACGAGAUGAGAUUGCUGAGCAGUUAAUGCAAAACAUGGAUACAAUGAUUUAAAAAAAAUGUUAUUGUCUUUUUUAUGUAUAUUAUUUCACUAUUGUAUAACUAUUAUUUAAGUUUGAAUGUUGAAAAACUCUUUUAAGUUUAAUAAAUCAGUUUAUUUAUAUUUCAGUUUAUUUCAGCAAUU